AUGAUGGUCGAAGAUCUCUGUCUGGAAGCGAAGGAGGCAUCUGUUCGCAAGGUUGCAAAGCUGUUACCUCUCCCGGAGCUUCUUCAUUCCAUUGCAUCGAUCAGAGCUGAUUACAUUUCAUACCAACAGGCCAAUGACGCAUAA